AUGAAGACUCACAGCGGGAAUGUAGGAGUGUUUGUUCGGAUCAGACCAACCGCGAACUUCGCUCAGGGCCUCAUGGAAUGUCUCCCUGACGGACAGACUGUGAACAUCUACCACAGAAGAGACAGUAAGAAGACCGCAGACUUUAUAAAAGGACAACCCAACUCCUGGUCCUUCCGCCUGGAGGGGGUCCUGCAGGACGUGUCCCAGGAGGAGGUGUAUGACCGAGUGUGUCACCCGGUGGUCCAGGGAGCAUUUGAUGGUUAUAACGGCACUGUGAUCUGCUUUGGGCAGACAGGUGCAGGGAAGACCUACACCAUGACCGGGUCCACGAAAGCAUACAAGCAGCGAGGAUUCAUCCCCCGAGCUCUUCAACAGGUGUUUCAGGAGAUCGAGAAGAGGACGGACUUUUCCUUCUCGGUGCAACUGUCCUUCAUGGAGAUCUACAACGAGACGCUGUUGGACCUGCUGUCCCCGGUGUCUCCGCAGCAGGACUCUGCUUCCUCGUCCUCUCGAGGCCUGAUGGUGACGGAGGAGCCGGGCAGAGGAGUGGUGAUCAAAGGUCUCUCUCUCCACCCGGUGUUCAGUGAGGAGGACGCACUCGACAUGAUGUUUGAGGCUGAUAUGAACCGCAUCACAGGAUCUCACGCCCUGAACAGGAACUCCUCCAGGUCCCACUGUAUCUUCACCCUUCACAUCGAGUGUCGCUCGCGGACUUUAUCUGAAGCCAAAUACGUCACGUCCAAGCUGAGCCUGGUGGAUCUGGCCGGGUCGGAGAGACUGGGAAAGACCGGGUCCGAGGGCCAGAUGUUGAAAGAAUCCACGUACAUCAACAAGUCCUUGUCCUUCCUGGAGCAGACCAUCCUGGCCCUGGCCGACCGCCGCAGGGAGCACGUUCCCUUCAGACAGACCAAACUCACGCAUGCCCUCAAAAACUCACUGGGAGGGAACUGCAACACGGUGCUCGUGGCCAACGUCUACGGGGAGGCUGAACAUUUAGACGAAACACUUUGUACGAUGCAUUUUGCAAGAAGAAUGAAAAACGUCAAGAUUCAACCAGCUGUUAAUGAACACAUGAAUCCAGCUCUCCAGGUCAAGAAACUUCAGAAGGAGUUGCUGACGCUGAAAGAGGAGAUGUCCAUCCACAACACUCUGUUGAACAAACAGUGUGUCGAGCACGAGCCGUUGUCUGAAGCCCAGUUGGCCGAGAUCAGCACUGAGGUGCAGAGCUACCUGGACGGAAGCCUGAUGGAAAUCACUGUCAUCAGUAUCAGGCAGGUGGAAGCAGUGUUCGCCCAGUUUAAACUCGCUCUGCAGAAACAGGAGCAGAAGGUUGCGAUAUGCAACACCUGCAGCUUGACGAAGAAAGACCAAGUCACAUCGGACGCGAAGGACGAUGGCCGAGGCGGGACUGAUGAUGCGGAUGGUGGCGGCUCAGCGGCUACUCAGUCACAAAAACAAACUCGGCGUGCAACUACGGCGACAACCAAAGCCAAGAAGUCCAAAGACAAACUCAGCACGACGCAGGGAGAAGGAAGUCCAUCAUCAAGGAAGCGCUGCGAGUCUUCCUCCAGGAAGCAGAACUCUUCCCAGACGUCUGAGAAAGAACUGGAUUCCCAGGAACCAGAUGCUCAGAUCCAGGAGGCACAACCAGCAGAACCCCCUCAGCCCGAGUCUCCUCCGACCAGAUCAGAAUGGUUUGAGGACUUUAAGGUGGGACCAGGCAGCAAGAUCAGCAACAUCCUGAAGGAGAACAAGGCCGUGCUGAUGGAGCGCCAGAGUCUGGUCCGUCAGCUCACUGAGGAGAUCAACGCCGUGAAGGGAGAGAUCGAUGCUGUCAUGUCGACUCUACUGCAACACAAGCAGAUGAGAGCGGCUCAAGAAGAUGAAUAUCCAGCUGAUGAAGAGGAGCCGGACGCCGACUUGCUGCUGCAGAUCAGCGAGCUGAAGACUCUGUAUCGGCAGCGGCACGUGGUGCUGCACGACGUCAAGGCCGAGGUCAACUACUGUGAACACCUGGUGCACCAGUGCAGGGUGCGCCUGGUCUCAGAGUUUGAGACCUGGUAUAAGACGGCUUCCCUGACACCUGCAGAGAAGAUACUUGCACAGAUCCAGAGUGACGACAACGAGCAGCAGCCACAGGACGAGCUUCCUCCCGACGCCCCCAGUGCUCAGUUCUUCCACAACGCUCGCUGCCGGACGCAGAAAAGGAGAGACGUCCGGGCUCACACCGGCUACAGGAGGCUCCUUCCAACUCUACCUGCUACUUGA